GAAUGUUAAGUGCAUAUGUCUUAUUUGUCAUACGUCAGUUGCAAUACCUAUGUAAGCGUGGUAACUUAGAAAGGCAUCAUAAAACGGUUCAUAUAAACUAUGAAAAAUAUUUUCCGCCACAGAGUGAAUCAAGAAAACGAAAAGUACGUGAUUUCGUAUCUCAUUUGAAAAAAGAACAAACCAUGUUCACAAGACCAGCCAAACAAUCAAAAGCUGCUACGAUUGCGUCAUUGAAAAUAUCUCAUAUAUUGGCAAAACACAAGAAACCAUUGGAAGAUGGAUCCGUUGUGAAGGAAGCAUUUAUUGAAGCGGGUGUGACUUUAUUUGGAAAUUUUAAAAAUAAAUCAGACAUCAUGUCUGCUAUUAGAUAACUUCAGUUAUCUCGUCUGACUGUCACAAGGCAUAUUGAAGUCAUGAGUCAGGACAUGGCAGAUAAACUAAAACAUGAUAUCAUGGAAUGUACAUACUUUUCUUUACAGUUCGACGAAUC